UGCGCAUGCGCCGUAGCUGCGGCUCGCUUCCGGACUCGCCCCUUCCCCUUCCGGGUGGCGGUGGCGGCGCCGGUCGGUCCCGGUGGGCGUCGAGCGGCCGCGCUGGGCCGCCCGGAGCAUGCGGAGGCGGCGGCCGCCCGGCCUGCACUAUGUGGUACAUCAUGCAGAGCAUCCAGAGCAAGUACUCGCUGUCGGAGCGGCUCAUCCGCACCAUCGCCGCCAUCCGCUCCUUCCCGCACGACAACGUCGAGGACCUCAUCGGCAGGGGAGCAGAUGUGAACUGCAUGCACGGCACCCUGAAACCGCUGCACUGCGCCUGCAUGGUGGCUGACGCGGACUGCGUAGAGCUGCUGCUGCAGAAGGGAGCCGAGGUUAAUGCCCUGGACGGCUACAACCGAACCGCCCUUCACUACGCCGCGGAGAAGGACGAGACCUGCGUGGAGAUCCUCCUCGAAUACGGCGCCAACCCCAACGCGCUGGACGGCAACAAGGACACCCCCCUGCACUGGGCCGCCUUCAAGAACAACGCGGAGUGCGUGCGGUCGCUCCUGGAGAACGGCGCCCUGGUGAACGCCCGCGACUACAACAACGACACGCCGCUGAGCUGGGCUGCCAUGAAGGGCAACCUGGAGAGCGUGAGCAUCCUGCUCGACUUCGGAGCCGAGGUGCGGGUGGUCAACCUGAAAGGCCAGACCCCCAUCUCGCGGCUGGUCGCGCUGCUGGUCAGGGGACUGGGCACGGAGCGCGAAGAUUCCUGCUUCGACCUUCUCCACCGGGCUAUCGGACACUUUGAGCUACGGAAAAACGGCAACAUGCCCCGGGAGGUAACCAGGGAUCAGCAGCUCUGCGAGAAGCUCACCCUGCUCUGCUCUGCCCCGGGCACCCUAAAGACGCUGUCGCGCUACGCUGUGCGCCGCAGCCUGGGCGUGCAGUUCCUGCCGGAGGCCGUGAAGGAGCUGCCUUUGCCUGCGUCCCUGAAGGAAUACGUGCUGCUCCUUAGCUAAGCCAGAGGUGAGGCCCGGGGGUUUUUUUGCGCUUGGCUUACAGCCCCGUUCCUCCCCGCUUCGUGGGGGCAGCGAGAGUGACCAGAUUAACUGCUUGGUUUGUGACUCACGGAUGCCGGAGCCCCCUCUCCCUGACGGACAGGCAACGGCUGGUCGCCAUCCCGGGUUUCCUCCUGCUCCGCUUUUCUGUCCGACCCGGCUCGCUUGGGGCAGGACAGCAGGAUCCUCUGGUGCCGCCUCUGUCUGCCGAGCGGAAAGGCCUCCUCAGCUCCUCCCGAGCUCCCUCCCUUCGGUUUUCGCCUCGAGCCACCUGCAUCCUCAUGAGACAGCACAUCCCCCUUUAACAAACGGCAAAUUGUAUCCCAGCUGCUGGAUUCUCUUUUUCUUUUGAGUUGGGGCAGACCUUGGCGAGAGCGAGGUCUUUUUGGUGAGGGGAGAAGAACAGCUAGAAGGGAUCUUCUUCCUUCGCUAAAGGACUCGAGGCAGGAAAUCGGGAGGAGGUGUUGCGGUGACGUGUUGGCAGGGAGUCCAGGGAAAAGCGCACCCCCAGCACGCGUAUUGGGUCAGUAUGUCAUGCAGUGGUGUGAGCUGGUGCCUUCGUUCAGAGCUAAUGCCUGCGCCUGUCCCGGCACAGCCGCGGCCGCCUGAGCACAGCACCCUGUGCUCCCAGUACGUGGAGAACUUGUCUGCAGCUCCGGAGGCUUUGGGCAGGACCCUGGACUUCCUUUCAACACAUGGGAGAGGUCUUUUUCCCCUCUUCUCUGUAAUUUUACGACCUAUCAGCCUGUUCAAGGGGAAGGGGGUGGGACAGAGGAGCCCCCAGCGCUCGGCAUACGACUCCCGGGGACGCUGAGGGAAGCGUCUGGAUGAAGGCGCGAGUUAGUCGCAGCGGAGAUGCUCGUUCAGGCCGAAUUACCGUGACUGCUGGUCCCUGCUGCCCAGUCAGGACUGAUCCCUACUGAAACACUGCUCUGGGGCAGGGAAGCGAUCGCAGCCCUGCUCUCGUUGCUCUCCGCUCUGCAAGUUUGGCAUCCCGAGGCUGUAAUUCCUGCAAGCGGAGGAAAGAUUCCCCUUGCUCUCGGGAGCAGCUUUCCUCUGAGCGCGGGAUGCUCCGUAUCCCGACCCGAGGGGUUGGCUCCCGCCUGCCGUGCAGUAACCCGUCUGAGCUCUUCCUUAGUUUGCCACUUUGGUUUUGCACUGUCCGCUCACCAUUUCAUCGUUGGUUUUUAUUUAUGUAUAUAUGUGUAUUUUUGAAGGUAAUGUGUAAACGCAUUGGCAGCACGUCCGCGUGGGAAGCUGAGCAGAAUUCCUCAGGUAGUGCCCUCUCUCUUUAGCAAAUUUUGCUCUCAAAGGGAGCGUUCCCAGCACGUACUGUAGCUGCGGACGGAGAGGCAAAAGGCUCCGAAAGAAGGAAAACGAGGCGAUCUCCUCUUGAAGUACUGCCAGAGCUUGCCGGGCACGGAGCCGCUGCCUGCCGCCUGGUUGUAGUAUCUCGUGUGUCCGCGUCUUGUAUUCACAGAAAUAAAUGGCUCCCCGCAAGCCGUGAGCUGUGCAUGGGAA